GGCGCUGGAAGCGGCAGCGGUAGCAGUAGCAGACGUCGUGGUGGUCGGGGCACGCGGGGCCUGCGCUGGGCAGCGGGGAGCCCGCCGGCACGGGGCGCGCAGUUCAUGAUCAGCCACAGUGUCCCUUCUGUGUGCUGUUGUUGCACGAAGGGGGCUGUGGCACUCUGCUGAAGAAAGAUGGCUUUCUGGACACAGCUGGGGUUGCUGCUAUGGAAGAACUUCACUUACCGGAGAAGGCAAACUUUUCAGCUGCUGAUUGAAGUUGCCUGGCCUCUCUUUAUCUUCUUUAUACUGAUCUCCGUAAGACUUUCAUAUCCGCCCUAUGAGCAACAUGAAUGUCACUUUCCAAAUAAGGCCAUGCCUUCAGCAGGAACCUUGCCUUGGGUCCAGGGGAUUAUUUGUAAUGCUAACAACCCUUGCUUCCGCUACCCAACUCCUGGGGAAUCCCCUGGUGUUGUCAGAAACUUUAACCGGUCCAUUGUUUCCCGCUUGUUCUCUGACGCCAAGAGGUUGCUGUUGUACAGCCAGCAGGACAGCAGCAUAAAGGAUGUUCAGCAGUUCCUGGGAAAAGUUCGGAAGCUUGGAAAGUCUGGCUCAGGGUUGAAACUCCAUGAUUUUCUGGUUGACAAUGAGACGUUCUCAGACUUCCUCCAUCAAAAUAUGUCCCUGCCACCAUUUGCUGUGGAUGAGAUACUGGAUGCUGAGGUCAACCUCCAGCGGGUCAUUAUGUCUGGCUACCAAAUGCGGUUGAAAGAUCUAUGCAAUGCAUCAAAGCUGUCUGAUUUCGUCAUGAUCCACAAUCAGACAGUAGCAGCGGUCAGCGAAGGCUUCAUUUGCAACCUGCCUAAGGAAAAGCUCCACGCAGCAGACCUAGCUUUUCAUGCUAAUAUAGACCUUUUGAAGCCUCUGCUGAAAAGAAUUUCUCUAGAGUCCUCCUUGCAGGACCUUUCAGAUGCCACGGACACUUUGAUAGAGAGUCUCGGGAAGCUUGUUAAAGAGCUGCUGAGCAUGAAGAGCUGGAGUGACAUGAGGCAGGAGGUGAUGUUCCUGACCAAUGUGAACGCUUCAAGCUCCUCUGCCCAGAUCUACCAGGCUGUGUCGAGGAUUGUGUGUGGCCAUCCUGAGGGGGGAGGGCUGAAGAUCAAGUCUCUCAACUGGUAUGAGGACAACAAUUACAAAGCCCUGUUUGGAGGCAACAGCACUGAAGAUGAUGUAGCUAGCUUCUAUGAUAAUUCUACAACUCCCUAUUGUAAUGAGCUGAUGAAGAACCUGGAGUCCAGUCCACUUUCCCGAAUUAUCUGGAGGGCUCUGAAACCUUUGCUGAUUGGGAAGGUCUUGUACACUCCUGACACUCCAGCCACAAGGCAGGUCAUGUCUGAGGUGAACAAGACAUUCCAGGAACUGGGUGUGUUCCGUGACCUUGGAGGCAUGUGGGAUGAGAUAGGCCCCAAGAUUUGGACGUUCAUGGAAAGCAGCCAGGAGAUGGAUCUGAUCCGGACGCUGCUGAAGAGUAGAGGCCUCUGGGACAUGCACUUGCAUGGCACCAAUUGGACAGUUGAAGACAUUUCCCUCUUCUUGGCGAAGAGACCUGAGGACAUUCAGCUGGUGAAUGGCUCAACCUACACCUGGAUGGAUGCCUUCAACGAGACUGACCGGGCUGUCCAGACGAUAUCCCGCUUCAUGGAGUGUGUUAAUCUGGACAAACUGGAACCUAUAGCCACAGAAGUGCGGCUGAUAAAUAAGUCUAUGGAGCUGCUGGACGAGAGGAAAUUCUGGGCUGGUAUUGUCUUCAAUGAAAUUGCUCCAGACAGCACAGAGCUGCCACCACAUGUCAAGUACAAGAUACGGAUGGACAUAGACAAUGUAGAAAGGACCAACAAGAUUAAGGAUGGGUACUGGGACCCUGGUCCCCGCGCUGACCCCUUUGAAGACAUGCGCUAUGUCUGGGGAGGUUUUGCCUACCUGCAGGAUGUAGUGGAGCAGGCAAUCAUCAGGGUGCAGACGGGCACAGAGAAGAAGACCGGUGUCUAUGUGCAGCAGAUGCCCUACCCAUGUUACGUGGAUGAUAUCUUCCUGCGUGUUAUGAGCCGCUCAAUGCCUCUCUUCAUGACCCUGGCGUGGAUCUACUCAGUGGCUGUGAUCAUCAAGGGGAUUGUGUAUGAGAAGGAGGCCCGCCUGAAAGAGACCAUGAGGAUCAUGGGUCUGGACAAUGGCAUCCUCUGGCUCAGUUGGUUCAUUAGCAGUCUCAUCCCCCUCCUCAUGAGCGCUGGGCUUCUGGUGCUGAUCUUGAAGGUGGGAAACCUUCUGCCGUACAGUGACCCCAGCGUGGUGUUCGUCUUCCUCUCGCUCUUUGCUGUGGUGACCAUCUUGCAGUGCUUCCUCAUCAGCACUAUAUUCUCCCGGGCCAAUCUCGCAGCAGCCUGCGGUGGAAUCAUCUACUUCACCCUCUACCUGCCCUAUGUGCUGUGUGUCGCCUGGCAGGACUACGUGAACUUCUCUCUCAAAAUCUUUGCUAGUUUGCUGUCCCCAGUAGCCUUUGGGUUUGGCUGCGAGUACUUUGCAUUGUUUGAGGAGCAGGGAGUUGGCAUCCAGUGGGACAACUUCUUCAGAAGCCCCCUGGAAGAAGAUAGCUUCAGCCUCACCACCUCUGCUGCCAUGAUGCUUUUUGACACAUUCCUUUAUGUGGUUAUGACUUGGUACAUUGAGUCUGUCUUCCCAGGCCAGUAUGGAAUUCCCAGGCCCUGGUAUUUCCCCUUCACAAAGUCCUAUUGGUUUGGUGAAGAAUCGGAGAAGAGGCAGUACCCCCAUUCUGAUCAGAAGGGCCCUUCAGAGGUUUGCAUGGAGGAAGAACCCACUCAUCUCCAACUUGGGGUGUCUAUUCAGAACCUGGUGAAGGUUUAUCGUGAUGGCAAGAAAGUGGCUGUAGAUGGGCUCACCCUGAAUUUCUAUGAAGGGCAAAUCUCCUCUUUCCUAGGACAUAAUGGAGCCGGGAAAACUACCACUAUGUCUAUCUUGACUGGCUUAUUUCCUCCGACUUCAGGCACAGCCUUCAUCUUGGGCAAAGAUAUCCGCUCUGAGCUCAGCACCAUCAGGCAGAACCUGGGUGUCUGUCCCCAGCACAACGUGCUGUUUGACUUACUGACGGUAGAAGAGCACAUCUGGUUCUAUGCACGCCUGAAAGGCCUGACAGAAAAGGAGGUGAAAGAGGAGAUGGAACAGAUGGCGAUGGACGUUGGUUUGCCUCACAAACUCAAGGCCAAGACAAGCAAACUCUCCGGUGGCAUGCAGAGGAAGCUGUCGGUAGCCCUGGCCUUUGUAGGUGGCUCAAAGGUUGUCAUUCUAGAUGAGCCAACAGCUGGUGUUGACCCAUACUCUCGCAGGGGCAUAUGGGAACUGCUGCUGAAAUAUCGACAAGGCCGCACAAUCAUUCUCUCCACACACCACAUGGAUGAAGCAGACAUCCUUGGAGACCGCAUUGCCAUCAUUUCUCAUGGCAAACUGUGCUGUGUUGGCUCUUCUCUGUUCCUAAAGAACCAGCUGGGAACAGGCUAUUAUCUCACCCUGGUCAAGAAGGAUGUGGACUCUUCACUGAGCUCCUGUAGAAACAGCAGCAGCACUGUGUCUUACCUGAAAAAGGAUGACAGCGUGUCCCAAAGCAGCUCUGAUGCUGGGCUUGGCAGCGACCAUGAGAGUGACACCCUGACAAUCGAUGUGUCUGCUAUUUCCAACCUCAUUAUGAAACACGUUCCUGAGGCCAGGCUGGUGGAGGACAUUGGCCAUGAACUUACUUAUGUCUUGCCGUAUGAAGCUGCUAGAGAGGGAGCCUUUGUAGAGCUGUUCCAUGAGAUUGAUGACCGCCUCUCUGACCUGGGUAUUUCAAGUUACGGCAUCUCUGAAACUACUUUGGAGGAGAUCUUUCUCAAAGUGGCUGAUGACAGUGGGGUGGAUGCAGAGACAUCAGAUGGUACAUUACCUGCAAGAAGGAAUAGGCGGGUCUUUGGAGACAGACAGAGCUGCCUUCGUCCUUUCACAGAAGACGAUGCUUUUGACCCCAAUGAUUCAGACAUAGACCCAGAAUCCAGAGAGACAGACCUGCUCAGUGGGAUGGAUGGCAAAGGCUCCUACCAGAUGAAAGGCUGGAAGCUCACCCAGCAACAGUUUGUUGCUCUGCUGUGGAAGAGGCUGCUCAUCGCCAAGCGCAGCCGGAAGGGCUUCUUCGCCCAGAUUGUGUUGCCAGCUGUCUUUGUGUGCAUUGCCCUCAUGUUCAGCCUGAUUGUCCCUCCCUUUGGCAAAUACCCCAGCCUGGAGCUGCAGCCAUGGAUGUAUGAUGAGCAGUACACCUUUAUCAGUAACGAUGCCCCAGAGGAUGCAGGCAUGCAGAAGCUUUUGGAUGCUCUUAUCAAUGAGCCUGGCUUUGGAACUCGCUGCAUGCAAGGACAAUCCAUUCUAGACACUCCUUGCAUCGUUGGGCAGAAGGAGUGGACCACAGCUUCAGUCCCUGAUGCAGUCAGGGACAUUCUUCUGAAUGGCAACUGGAGCAUGGAGAAUCCCUCCCCAUCCUGUGAGUGCAGCAAUGAGAAAAUCAAGAAGAUGUUGCCUGUGUGCCCUCCCGGUGCAGGGGGACUCCCUCCUCCACAGAGGGAGCAAAACACUGCUGACAUCCUACAGAACCUGACAGGCCGGAACAUAUCGGACUAUCUGGUGAAGACGUACGCACAAAUCAUUGGGAAAAGCUUGAAGAAUAAGAUUUGGGUGAAUGAAUUCAGGUAUGGAGGAUUUUCUCUGGGUGCCAGUAGCUCCCUUGUGCUUCCUCCAAGCCAUGAAGUCAACGAUGCCAUCAGGCAGGUGAAGAAGAUCUUGGAGCUUGCCAAGGGGGGAUCUGGAGAUCGGUUUCUGAAUAGCUUGGCAAGCUUCAUGAAAGGACUGGACACAAAAAACAAUGUCAAGGUGUGGUUCAACAACAAGGGCUGGCAUGCCAUCGGCUCCUUCCUGAAUGUGAUCAACAAUGCCAUCCUUAGGGCCAACCUCCGGAGGGGCAAGAACCCCAACGCUUACGGCAUCACCGCCUACAACCACCCACUGAACCUCACAAAGCAGCAGCUCUCUGAAGUGGCACUGAUGACCACAUCAGUGGAUGUUUUAGUCUCCAUCUGCGUGAUCUUCGCCAUGUCCUUUGUCCCUGCCAGCUUUGUAGUUUUCCUGAUCCAGGAGCGUGUCAGCAAAGCCAAGCACCUGCAGUUCAUCAGUGGGGUGAAGCCAUUGAUCUACUGGCUGGCAAACUUUGUCUGGGACAUGUGCAACUAUGUGGUUCCUGCCACACUGGUCAUCAUCAUCUUCAUCUGCUUCCAGCAGAAGUCCUAUGUCUCCUCUUCCAACCUGCCCGUGCUGGCCCUUCUGCUCUUCCUCUAUGGGUGGUCCAUCACACCACUGAUGUACCCUGCCUCCUUCGUGUUCAAGAUCCCCAGCACUGCCUACGUAGUGCUGACCAGCGUGAACCUUUUCAUUGGCAUCAAUGGCAGUGUGGCCACUUUUGUACUCGAGCUUUUCACCAAUAAUAAGCUGAACAACAUCAAUGACAUCCUCAAGUCUGUCUUCCUCAUCUUCCCCCACUUCUGUCUGGGUCGGGGCCUCAUUGACAUGGUGAAAAACCAGGCCAUGGCAGAUGCUUUAGAAAGGUUUGGUGAAAAUCGCUUUGUGUCCCCUCUGUCCUGGGAUCUGGUGGGACGCAACCUCUUUGCCAUGGCUGUGGAAGGUGUGGUCUUCUUCCUCAUCACUGUGCUCAUACAGUACAGGUUCUUCAUCAAGCCAAGGCCGGUUGAAGCCAAGCUUCCCCCUCUGAACGAUGAGGAUGAGGAUGUGACCAGGGAGAGGCAGAGGAUAAUUAGUGGUGGAGGACAGAGUGACAUCCUCGAAAUCAAGGAGCUGACCAAGAUUUAUAGAAUGAAGCGAAAACCAGCAGUGGACAGGAUCUGUGUUGGCAUCCCCCCUGGAGAGUGCUUUGGGCUCCUGGGAGUGAACGGUGCUGGCAAGUCAUCAACUUUCAAGAUGCUAACUGGAGACACGGAUGUGACGGGGGGAGAAGCUUUUCUCAAGGGAAACAGCAUCCUGUCUAAAAUCCAGGAAGUCCAUCAGAACAUGGGCUACUGCCCUCAGUUUGAUGCUAUUAGCGAGCUGCUGACAGGAAGAGAGCAUCUGGAGUUAUUUGCACUCUUAAGAGGCAUUCCGGAGAAAGAAGUUUGCAAGGUCGGGGACUGGGCAGUUCGUAAACUUGGUCUUGUAAAAUAUGGAGAAAAAUAUGCUGGGAAUUACAGUGGAGGGAACCGGCGCAAGCUGUCUACAGCCAUUGCCCUGAUUGGAGGGCCUCCAGUGGUAUUCCUGGAUGAGCCAACCACAGGAAUGGAUCCCAAAGCACGACGCUUCCUUUGGAACUGUGCUCUGAGUGUCAUCAAGGAGGGCAGAUCAGUGGUGCUGACAUCUCACAGCAUGGAAGAAUGUGAAGCCCUGUGUACUCGAAUGGCAAUAAUGGUCAAUGGGCGGUUCAGGUGUCUGGGAAGCGUCCAGCAUCUGAAGAACAGGUUUGGAGAUGGCUACACCAUCAUCGUGCGGAUAGCGGGAGCAAACCCCGACCUGACGCCUGUGCAGGACUUCUUCGGGCUUGCGUUCCCAGGCAGCGUUCUGAAGGAGAAGCAUCGAAACAUGCUUCAGUACCAGCUCCCAUCCUCGCCAUCCUCCCUGGCCAGGAUAUUCAGUGUCUUGUCUCAGAACAAGAAGAGACUCCACAUAGAAGACUACUCCGUUUCUCAGACUACACUUGACCAAGUAUUUGUAAACUUUGCCAAGGACCAAAGUGACGAUGACCACACAAAGGACUUGUCAUUGCACAAACACCAGACUGUUGUGGAUGUUGCAAAGCUAAAUUCCUUUCUGCAAGAUGAGAAGGUGAAAGAAAGUUGUGUGUGAGCCACUGUGUCUGCACGGACCAGACAAGCAAAAGAGAAAAGCAGCCUUCCUUUGCAUGGGAUAGGAUAUUCCCAAGGGGAAACGCAGGAGGAAAGAAACAAACUGGACACUCUACUGAUAACCAUUCAAUGCAAUGCAAUUCAAUGCAAUGAAAACAAAAAUUCCAUUACAGAGGCAGUGCCUCCCAGAGUCGUUGCCUUGUUGUACUGUUCUCAAGUGAAAGACUUGAAUCUUGUUUAUUACAGCCUAACUCUGUGAAACUGUAGUAUGGCACCCACUGGAGGCUGUGGGCUUUCAACCAUACUGUUUUGUUCUUACCCAUCUUUUUAAUUUUUUUUACUAGGGUUGCAACCAUAGCUCAUUGAGGAAUCAUGGCCAGUGAUUAUUUAUUGAUAUAUUUUUGGCAUGCACAUUUACUCUUUCAAUCCUUUUUCAUGUCAGGAGUGUAAAUUCCGUGGUGCUGCAUCCAUUGCUGGCAAUGAAUGCACCAAAACAGCCAGUGACCAGAAGUCACCAAACGCCCCAGUGCCAUGGCCUUAUUUUGUGAAAAACACAUCUAAUUAGCUCCUCUUUCAAGGCUUGUGUUGGUCAAUCAGUGAUAAUCAUAGGCUGCAAAGCAAUACUGUACUUAGAUGGUAGACGUGGAUUCACUAGCCCAUCCCUCGCCAUCUGCUGCAGUGGAUGGCAGCUCACAAAACUCCAACCUUUGCAAAAGGUAAGGGACUGUCCCACCAGCAUUGUGACUAAUCACCUACUUCUUACCUGGGGUUUUAUGUAAACAAGUGCUUUCCCAUUCCUUUUUAAGGUACUGCAGCAGCUCCAUGAGCACCUGGUGGAGAGCAGUGGGUGAGAAGCAAAACUAGGGACUAGACCACAGCCACAGUCUCACUGGCUGCAUAUGCUGCUAGUGCCAUGAGCAAAUUGCCUAUUGUUCUGAUGUGCACUAUCUGCUCUUUCAUGCCUGCUUGGUAUCAGAAAGGUACCCAGCAUCUAAAGUUGUUAUUGCUUAGCAAAAAUGUGUUGCCAAUUCUGGCUUUGCCAAACCAGUUAAACCAGAACCAGAAGAGAUGUAGAUUUUUUUUAAACAGUAUUAUUUAUGACCGUAAAUAGGUAGCAAGAUUAAGGUAUGAAAAUGCUUCCAUCUGAUCUGUGUAGCCAUAGUGUAGUUUGUUACAUUAUGCCUGCAUCACUGUAUUUAUGCUUUGUCUCUUUUCAGUGCUAGUUUUGUUAUAGAUAUGUAAUGAGAUCUGUGCAAGUUCCAGGUUUUGUGUUCUAGCAGUUACUGUGAUCCCUGGGCUCAGUUACUAUAAGUUCACCUCAGAUUUUCCUAUGUGGAGAUGACAUGAUUACUGUUUCAGCUUCUGUAAUAUUCUGUAAUUUUACAGAAACACAAUUUCUGUGUUUUAGUUAUUAUCUGAUCCCUAGCUCUUGUUUGUGGGGAAAAAGCACCUUUUUAAAAGUUUCCCCUGAACAGCUAGUCAUUGGGAUAUCCAUUGAUAUUCUGAGACUCAGACCUUCCCAGAGCAAGAAUUUUUUUUUAAUGGUGAGAAUGGCUGACUGUCCUCUUGCUAAACAGGAGUUCUCUCUAGGGCAUGAGGAACAUGUUUCCAGUAAUGGAUUCAGCAGGCACCUUAGCCUUGCUUCAACACUUAGGCCUAGGUUCAGGAACAGAUUUAACUUAAAGCACAUGAGCAGUGCUACUGACUGGCCUUGUUCAUGUGCCUUGUGUCCUUUGCUGAGCCUAUCCUGUUAGCACAUGCAGAAGUUCUGUUUUAGCUCGUUGUGCUCAUCUACCAGAAGAGUAGUUCACUGGUUAGAUGUUUUUCUGGAAUUCCCCCAGAAUCUUUUAAGACAUAUGAAAAGUGACAGAAACUGAAACACACUACCUAGCACCAUUAGGUAAUGCAAUUUUUAUGUAUAGACCUCCACAUACAUUUGGGAUCGUUGACAACUUCAAUUUAAUACAUAAAAUGCUAAUUUCUUAGCAUUAUCCUCACUGUAUCCUGCCCUGGCAUUAAAGAAGAGCUAAUCUGUGGCUCUGCCAAAGUGCCUUUUUCAUACUGUAUUAUAUUUUUAAAUGUAAAAUACUGUUUUAAAGGGAGAGAGGAGAGAAGUAGAAGGCAUACCUCACUUCUCAUAGCAUACCCACAAGGACUCAGUUUGAGACUGCCCUAAAGCAUCCCCACAAAGGAGCUAGGAGAUUAAUAUACACUGCGCUUUACAGAAAUAGUAGGCCCAAUCCUUCACCAUAUGAAUAAGGAACAUAUGCUGUAUUAACACCACUGAAAACCACUAUUGCAGUAGCCAUUAAGUCACAAUCUGACCAGGAACAACUGAAGUUAUGGGUUCAGUCCAGCCAUGGUGUCUUACUGGUGAGUUCAGCGGGAAUUGGGGCCGAAAGGCAAGGGUGGAAGUAUUUGCAUUUAGGUCCAUAUAAAUGGUUGCAGUUUCUUGCUGUACUGGUUCAUAUGCCACAGCAAGGGUAUUUACUAUGUGAUUCUCUCUCUUAACCCUGCCAAAAAGGAGUCUUGGAGAACCCUACUGCUACUGUGGCAUUAGCAAACUGAGGCAUAACCUGGAUUCUGUGACA